UUUAAAUCCAGGAAGCACCAACGGACUGGGAAAGAGCUUGACAAUAAAAUCCUCAAGCUUCACAAUGAGAUGAAUGCCUCAAAAAAAUCUGCUUCUGCAAUGAAUCUUCGUUACAAGGAGCUGAAGGCAUCAUUCCACCAGAUGCAAAAGAAAUCAGCUCUACAGGCGGAAGAGAACCAUAAGACCAUGGAAGCAGAGAGACUGAGGAGCAAGACCAUGAUUCAACACUUGAGGACUGACUUGGCUGCCAAUAUGGACAUCUGUAAGAGAAAAGAGCAGAGGCUGGUAGCCAUGACCCAAAGAUGGGAGAUAAGGGAAGAGGAAUUGGCUGAGCUGGCAGUGAAGAAGCUGUUAGAGAUGGCAGAGCAGUGUACGAGGAAAGAACGGAAGCUGAGGGCCAUGGCAGAGGUUUGCCAGGAGAAGGAUGACCAGCUGGCAGCCAUGGCUCUCACACUGCAGAUGAAGAAGGAGAAGGUGGCGGACCUGACAAAGCUCUGCCAGGACAAUGAAGAGAACAAGGCCACCUUGCUGAAACUGUGCCACGAGAAGGAUGAGAAACUGGCAGCCUUCUUUGUGGCAUCUGAGCACCAAGAGGCCGUCCUGCAGGAGAAGAUCGCUCAGGAAUUGGCCCAGCAGUUGGAAAUCAACAAACUGAAGGAGAGGCUCUCUGCCCUGGAGGAUGAAGUCAAAGAAAAGGAAAUCCUGCUCAUGGCCCAGAAAGAGGAACAGCAAGAAGCAGCCAUUCUGCAGAAGAAGCUCACAGAGGUCAGCAGUGAGCUGGCUGACCUGAAAAGAUCAGCCGCCAGUUCCUCCCAUAGCCUCCCCACUGCACAGGAGACCAGUCCUGUGAAAGUUGAAUGCAUCGUACACACCACUUCAAAUGGUCAUGGAGAGGAGACUGAUUCAGGAGUUGAGAGGGAAGGAAGUGAGCUGGCAGGCUCCAGGCAGCAAACCAUCGCUGAAGAGAAGAAGCCAGUUCAGGAGGUGGGCGGGGCCUGCAGGCGGGAGGAGAGACCCGGUCGAAUCAGGGUGGAGUUUGGCUCUUACCGGCCCAGGAGGGUUUACACCCAGGGGCAGGAGACCACCCAGAGCUCCGGCCAGACGCAGGAUUCCUUGUUGCAUGUGCUCACUAUGAAUGAAUGAGGUGGUACUGGUCGAUAAGGAAAACCCUGUCUCAUUGAGCUGCCAGUCUACCGGCAGACAUUUUGGAGGACAGCCCUGACUGCUGUGUACCCUCAAGAUUUGGACAUUGCAUUGAUGGGAUGGCGCCAAUGUUCUGAUGGGAUUAAAAAAGUCAAAAAAUACUUCAAUAAAGACUACUGUGAUGAAAAGACA